AUGUCCAAAAGGAAGCAGAAGACCUCCAACCCGGAGGUUGAAGUAUGCAUGCUGUGUCGCCGAGCAGAUGUUCACCCGGACGCCUGCGGGCCCAUGCUUGGCGAGAGCGGGCUUUGCGUCCACAAGUUUUGCUUGUUUUUUGCCGACGGCCUUUACGAACACACUGCCGGACAGAGGGCGGUUCUGAAGAUCCCCCUUGAUGCCAUCAGAUGCGCAAUCGAGGAGGCAGAGCAGAAGCACUGCUUCGUUUGUGGAGACAAGGGGGCCUCCAUCUACUGCGCAGAGACAGGCUGUGAACGCAGCUUUCAUCUGCCCUGUGCCACGGAUGGGGAAUGUGUCACGCAGUUCUUUGGGCAGCACAGGUCCUUCUGCUAUGAGCACCGCCCUCAGCAGGCCAUGGAGGCAGCUCCAGAGCAAGACACAAACUGCGUCAUCUGCCUGGAGCCCGUGGGGGACAAAAAGUCCUACCACACCAUGGUGUGCCCCGUGUGCACACAGGCCUGGUUUCACCGGAGCUGCAUCCAGGCACAGGCCAUGAGUGCUGGCAUUCUGCGCUUCCGAUGUCCCGUCUGCAAAGACAGGAUGCAAUUCCGGAAAGAAAUGCAUCUCCUCGGGAUCCAAAUCCCAGCCAGAAGACCAACAUGGGAGGACAAGGAGAGCUAUGAAACUCUGCACAAGAUACAUGACCGCUGUGAUGCCAGCGAGUGCCUUUACGCAGAAGGCAGGGAGCGAGAAGAGGGAGAUGGGCCCUGGGAGCUGCUCCUGUGCACCUCGUGUGCUGCGCAAGGCACCCACCGGCUCUGCUCCGAUUUGAGCAACAGCCUGAGCAGCUGGGAGUGUGACAGCUGUGCUGGCGUGGGCACAGCCUCCAGUGCCGAGUUGCAGCUUGCUGAUCCCAGCACUGCCAGCCAGGAGGCGCCGGGGCCAUCUCACAGCUCCCCAGCACCUGAUGACCGCAGAUCUGCCUCCACCAGCCAGGCAGCAUCGGAGUCAUCUCCGAGUUCCCAGCUGCCUAAGCGCAGCAGCCUGUCCAGCCAGCCCGAGACAGGACAGAGGAAAAGCCCGCGACGUAAAUCCAACCAAGAAGAACAAGGGAGCAGCCAGCAGGAAGAGGGGUACUCCGGCAGAAGGCAAUCCAGGCAGCAGGGCACAGGCUGGACAAGAAGCCGCUCUCCACUCAAGGGUCGUGCUUCAAAUUCCCCCAGCCAGCUCAGAAGACCACCUGGCAGCAGACGCUCUCCAGCCUCAGGCGCUGGGAGGAGCAUACACUUCUCUGCCAGGCAGGGGGCAUCCAACAAUUCCCCGAGGGCUGCCAACAUCAAAUGCCCAAGACAGAAACAAAACCAGUCCUCCCUACAAGGACCGGCAUCAAGUCCCUCGAGCCAGCCCCAAGGACGCCGUGGCAGCAGAAUUAGCCCGGCUCAAGGUGCUGGGAGCAGCACCCAGAGCUCUGCUGGACCGGUGGCGUCGAGGUCCUCCAGGGAUUCCCAGCUGCCUGAACGCAGAAGACGUUCCAGUGUUCUGCAGCGAGGGCAGAACCAAGAUCGAAGCCGUUCCCCACGGGAUCGUCGGCCUUCCAAUUCCCAAAGACAGUCGGGAGGAAACCUCAGCCCCCGUUCCAGGCAGAGGCGGCCAUCUCAGGCACGACGCCACUCCCGGGACCAGCCCUGA